CUGUGUAUUAUUAUGUAAUACGUAUUUAUCUAUCACUUGUUUUUUUAUUAUCAUAACCUUAUCUGAUAAAUUCCCCACAUUUGACAACACGAGUGUGUUCAAACAAGACUUAGAAAAAGAGUUAUUUGUUACAUUAUUCUUGUAACAAGAUGGAAGAAAAACCACAUGAGGAUUUGCCAUCGGAGUUGAGAAUAUAUAUGGAAAACAUAGCAAAGAGUGAGGGUUUUAUAUCAUACGAAAUUGUUGGCAAAAAGCUACCGAUAACUGGUGGAGGUUAUAUGGGAAUUCUAUACGAAGUAAAUAUACAAGGAAAAACAAAUGAAGGUGAUAAAGAAUUAAACAUAUUCAUCAAGAAUAUUGUCGAAAACGAACAAAUGAAAAUCUAUUCAGUACCAAAAGUGUUCGAAAGAGAAGCAAUUAUUUAUACAGAUGUAUUUAAAAUAUUUGAUGAAUUCCAGGAUAAAGCUAUUAUACCUGACGAUGAAAGAUUUUUAAUGCCUAAGACUUAUGAAGGAUGCAAUCCAAAAUCUAUUAUCCUUGAACAUUUAGGUAAGAGAGGGUUUAAAGUAUAUGAUAGAAUGGAAACCAUAUCCUUAGAUUAUGCUAAACUAUGUGUAACGCAACUUGGCAAGUUUCAUGCACUUUCGUUUGUUUUACAAGCAGAAAGGCCUGAGUAUUUUAAAGAGAAAAUUGCUACCAUGAAACAGCCUUUUAAAUUCGAAGAAGAUUGGCAUGGAUUUGUAAAGAAUAUGUAUAAUUAUUCUAUAAAUUUUUUGGAACCAGAUGUGAGAGAUAAAGUAGGAGAAAGAAUUUUGGAAAAGGUGGCAGAUUACCCAAAGUAUAUGAAUGAUAUUUCGGGCGUUUGCACACUCUGUCACGGCGAUUUUAAGCAUAACAAUGUUAUGGCUAAAGAAAUUGAUGCAAAAGUCAAAGAGGUAAUAGCAAUCGACUUCCAAAUAGCUCACUAUGGCUGUCCAAUCUUGGACUUCCUAUACUUCAUUUUCAAUGGAACCGACAAAGACUUUCGACAAAAACAUCUGGUGUACCUCAAGGACCUAUACUAUGACAGUAUGAAGAACUUUCUUGAAUAUUUCGGAAUGGACAUAGAAAAAGUUUUUCAAAGGAUGGAAUUUGAGAAAGUUUUUAAAGAGAAGAUGGAUUUUGGUUUGAUGAUAAACGUGUUCUAUGUACCGUUUUUGUUUGCGGCUGAUGAAGAUGCACCCGAUGUAGCUAAUGAGUCGCUAUCGACUUUGUCUUUCAAAGUUGAUGACCGAUUUAAAGAGCGGUUCCGUGGUGUGGUAGAUGAUUUUAUUGAGUGGGGAUAUCUUUAAAAGGAUUUACUUGUGUAAUGUAUUUUAAAAAAAUAAACUUCUUAUCGCUUUUGAAA